AUGCCGCCUGAACGACAGAAUGUGCCGGUGAAGCUGUCCUUGCCAUUACAAUUCCAGCAGGACAUCUUCACCGAACUCCGCGGCGAAGAUGAGCUGGUCAUCCUCGCCCGUGGCCUAGGCCUCCUCCGCCUGAUUACGAACUUGCUUCACUUCUACGAUGCAGCAGGGAAUAAUCUGGUUCUAUUAGUGGGAGCGAAUGACCGAGAGAAUGAAUGGAUCGGCGAGGGUAUCCCUGGCGGAGCAUUAUGCAAUAAGCAAAACGCCUCUUGCAAGGGGUUUAAAGGUCAUAAAUACCGACAGGGCUACAGUGCCGAUGCGACUGAUUGCUCUAGGGAAAAGAUAUACGCCGAAGGCGGUAUUCUGAGUGUGACAUCCAGGAUACUAGUCGUGGAUCUUUUGUCCAAGCUACUUGACCCAGAGAGGGUGACUGGAUUGGUUGUACUUCAUGCUGACAAAAUUGUCGCGACGUCGACUGAAGCAUUUAUCAUUCGAAUCUAUCGCAAUGCCAACAAAAGUGGCUUUCUGAAAGCCUUCUCCGACUCGCCGGAACCUUUUACUACGGGAUUCGCGCCCUUAGCCAACUCUUUGCGUAACCUUUUCCUACGGAAAGCUUCAUUAUGGCCGCGGUUCCACGUUACUGUUGCUGAAUCGCUGGAGGGCCAUCGGAAAGCCGAAGUAAUCGAGCUCGAGGUCCCCAUGAGUGAUAAAAUGCGCGAGAUACAAAACGCAGUCCUUGAGUGUGUGGAGCUCUGCAUUGGAGAACUCAAGAAAGCGAACACGGGAUUAGACAUGGCCGAUUGGACGUUGGAUAGCGCUCUGCAUAGGAGCUUCGACAUCUCCAUCAGACGCCAGCUUGACCCUAUGUGGCAUCGUGUGAGCUUCAGGACCAAGCAGAUUGUGAGCGAUCUCAGUGACCUCCGCGCAAUACUUCACGCCCUGCUCACAUAUGAUGCUGUCUCAUUUGUCAAAUAUCUUGACACUAUUGUGACCGCGCAUUCCCCUCCGCCGGGCUCCACGAGGCACAAUUACUCACCCUGGCUGUUUCUCGACGCGGCCCACGUCCUCUUUCAGACAGCAAAGUCUAGAGUAUACGAAGGGAAGAUUGGCAAUGAAUUAUCUCGCUCAUCCAUGACAUCUUUACCUACCACGCUUCGGCCUGUAUUGGAAGAGCAGCCCAAAUGGGACGUUCUGGCUGAGAUCCUCGAGGAAAUAGAAAUGGACGCAUAUCAUAAUCCGGCCAGUACAGGUGAAUCAAACAACACGGUACUGAUAAUGUGCACAGAUCAACGAACGUGCUGUCAACUUCGGGAGUAUCUGGGAACAAUGAAUACCAAAGUCGAAGAUGAGCGGCAGGAGGUUGCAGAUGGUAGCGAGGACAAGCAAGAGAAGAAGCGCUCAGGAGAAGUUAUGUUGCGCAGGAAACUAAGGGAGUAUGUCAACUGGAAACGCUCACUGGUCAAUGUCAACAAAAACUUGACAGCAAAACCAGUGAAUGAAGAGCCUCGAACAGGAUCAGGCCGGGAUUCACCACGACCGACGACUCAGCAAGGUCGAGCUCCACCGAACAAACGACGCCGAGUCCGUGGAGGAGCUGCUUCUGUUGCAGCUCCCCGUCAACCAAACAGCAGUGUUCAAGCAGAUACUGAGCCUUCAGAGCAAAUGUCUGUUCUCCUGGAUGUGAUUCAACCCACGGAAGUAGAAGAAAGCCUCAAGGAAGAGAUCAUUAUUGAUGACCUUGAGGACAUGGGCGACAUUUACGAACUAUAUGAUAUGGAUGACUUGGUGAUGGUACAUCCUUUCGACGGUGAUAUGGACGAACAUAUACUCGAAGAAGUCCGUCCUAGAUAUAUCAUCAUGUACGAGCCCGACCCUGCAUUCAUCCGGCGGGUCGAAGUAUACCGCAGCUCCCAUGUAGGGAGGGACGUGCGGGUUUACUUCAUGUAUUAUGGUGGCUCCGUCGAGGAACAGCGUUACCUGAGCGCAGUGCGACGGGAGAAAGACGCAUUCACAAAGCUUAUCAAAGAGAAAAGCAAUAUGGCCGUAACCCUCACGCACGACAAAAGCGCCGAAGAUCCCCAAGAGCAAUUCCUCCGCACAGUAAAUACUCGCAUCGCCGGCGGGGGCCGCUUGACAGCAACAGCCUCACCCCCGCGUGUCGUCGUUGACGUGCGCGAAUUCCGCAGCGCUCUGCCCUCCCUCCUCCACGGCAACAAUAUGGUCAUUGUACCCUGCCAGAUCACCGUCGGCGACUACAUCCUCACCCCGGACAUCUGUGUCGAGCGCAAGUCCGUCCGUGAUCUCAUUUCCUCCCUCCGCAACGGCCGCCUCUACAACCAAGCCGAGACCAUGACGCAACAUUACAAAUCGCCAUUGCUGCUCAUCGAAUUCGACGAGAACAAAUCGUUUACUUUUGACGCUUUCACGUCUGCCACGACGCCGGGGACAACAUUCCUCACGGAUUUCGGAUUCUCCUCAUCUGGAACCGUAACUACGUCUCUAUCAUCCAGCAGCGCGCUGAUUAACCCCUCCGCGCCAAAGUCAGCACAACACCUCCUCGUCCUCCUGACACUUGCAUUCCCGCGCCUGAAAAUCAUUUGGUCGUCAUCACCCUACCAAACCGCCGAGAUCUUCGCCGAGCUGAAGAAGAAUGCGCCUGAGCCGGACCCCGUCCGUGCCGUGCAAAUUGGGCUUGAUGUGAAUAUUUCAGACGAUUUGGGCUCCGGGGAUCUCAUGACUGCUUCGGGGAUUGAGCACAGGACGUUUAAUCUUCUGCCGCAGGAGAUGCUAAGGGCUGUUCCGGGCGUAUCGCCGCAGGUGUUAGAACGGUUGAUCCUCGAGACGGGAAAUAUCUCCGAGAUUGCUAAUAUGAGUGUUGAAGAGUUGGAUCCGUUCAUGGGGAGGGAGGCUGCGAGGCAGGUGGUUGGAUUUUUUCGGAAGAGUGUAUUUGACGGGGAUUGA